AUGUUGAGGACCCCGGUGUUGGGCAGGAGCCUUUGGAAGUCGUCCGAUUUCUCCGUCUCCGUCAAGCGGAUGUGGGGGACCCCCCGCAGUCAUCCGCUGAGGCCGGAGCGAAGGUGCUCACAGGGUCCUUGUGUGCAGAGAAAUCAGACUGAUACUGGGCACCCCCUCUGGAAGGGCCCCGUCUCUGUGCCGGGGGGCACCCGGCAGUCCCCCAUCAACAUCCGCUGCAGGGACAGCGUCUACGACCCGCGGCUGAAGCCUCUCAUGGUCUCCUACGCCGCGGAGAGCUGCCUCUACGUCUGGAACACCGGUUACUUCUUCCAGGUGGAGUUCGACGACUCCACUGAGGGGUCAGGAAUCAGCGGCGGCCCCUUGGAAAACCACUACAGGCUAAAGCAGUUCCACUUCCAUUGGGGAGCAGUGGACACGUGGGGCUCGGAGCACACGGUGGAUGACCGCACGUACCCAGCAGAGCUGCACCUGGUUCACUGGAAUGCUGCGAAAUACCGAAGUUACAAAGAAGCUGUGCUGGGGGAGAGCGGCCUGGCCGUGAUAGGCGUGUUCCUACAGCUGGGGGCCCACCGUGAGCCACUGCAGAAGUUGGUGGAAGUCUUGCCAGCAGUCAAGCAUAAGGGGGCGCAGGUGGCCAUGGGCCCCUUCCAGCCGUCCUGUCUGCUGCCCGCCUGCCGGGAUUACUGGACCUACCCGGGGUCCCUCACCACCCCUCCGCUAACCGAGUCGGUCACCUGGAUCAUCUUGAAGGAGCCCGUCCAAGUGGCUCGGAACCAGCUGGCCGCCUUUCGCACGCUCCUGUUUUCUGCGCCUGGUGAGGAAGAGAAGGCCAUGGUGAACAACUACCGUCCGCUUCAAGCCCUGAUGAACCGGAAGGUCCGUUCAUCCUUCCGGCCUAUGGAAGAGGGCAUGAGAUUCUAAAUGCAUUAUAUCCGAAUCGGCGGGUAGAACUGACUUUUAAAAGAGGAAGUUCUGUGUCCCAAGCUUCACAGUCUGAUCAGACCUAACCUCUGACGUUAAAAAGAGAGAAAGAGAUCAUUGUCUCGGUCAAUGGACUUUUCAGUUGCAAGGAAAAGAAAUCACUUCAAAGAAACUUAAGCAUGGUGAGGAAUGGAAAUCUGGGACGCGGGGUAUCUUGGGGCCCCGCGGCAGCGCCCUAGCAAGCACCCGCUAACUGAGGUCACCCGCCCAGCCCCUGGCGGUCUGUGCUUUCUUCUCUCUGCUUCUCCUCGCUCAUGGCCACCCCGUGCUUCCCGGGCGACGCAGAGACUGGGCCCCACGUGCGUCUUUCCCACCUCCGGAUUCCUGGGUUGUGUCAGUGUCCUGGGGCUGCUUUGGCAAAUGACCACAAACCGGAGGGGCUAGAACAACAGACAUGUGUAGCCCCUCAGUUCUGGAGGCGAGAAGCCCACAUUCCAGGUGCGGGUGGGCCUGGCCCGCCUCCCAGAAGCUGCCCGUCUUCCUCGGCCCGAAGCCCCGCCUCCACCUUCAGAGCAAGGGCUGUCCAAGGUGGCUGUUCAGCGCCCACUGCCGCCUCACGGCCGUUCUGGAAGGUAUGUAACGGUUUCUCCCUGUGGGGUUUUGGGUUUUAAUUGUACUGAAACACAAUUACGUAAGUGACCGUCUUACCCACAUUUAAGCGAACAGUUCUGUGCUGUGCGGUGCCUUCGCAAGGUCGUACAGCCGUCCCCACCACCCGUCCCCAUCUGUACAUCUUACAAGACUGGAGCUCUGCCCCUGGGACACACUCCCCCCUCCCCCAGCCCCUGGCAGCCACCGGUCCGGUGUC